AUGUCGAGUGAUGAUCAAUCCGAUAAAGAGUGCCCUUUGUGCAUGGAACCACUCGAAAUCGAUGAUAUUAAUUUUUACCCGUGUAAAUGUGAGUACCAGAUAUGUAGGUUUUGCUGGCAUCGUUUGCGGACCGACGAGAACGGACUGUGUCCGGCGUGUAGGCAGCCCUAUCCUGAAGACCCGGUGAAUUUCAAACCGUUGACUGCAUCCGACGUGCUGAAGAUGAAAAGUGAAAAAAGGCAGAAGCAACAGCAACAGAAAAUAAAAAUAUGCGAGCUCAGGAAGCAUCUUUCUUCCUACAGGGUUCUGCAGAAGAAUCUGGUGUACGUUGUGGGUUUGUCUUCGAGAGUAGCCGACCCUGAAACUUUGAAAAGAACCGAAUACUUUGGGAGAUACGGCCGCAUACUGAAGGUAGCUGUGGGUUCUUCUUCAUCCUCAAACGGUCCGCAGUCGGCUUCUUAUACAGCUUACGUCACUUACGCUAAGUAUGAAGAUGCGCUUCGAGCCAUACAGGACUGUAUGUAUCUGCAUGACGUGGCUGACACAGAGGUAAGUUUUACCAAAGAUGACAUGCAUCUCGGCCGACAUGCCGAAUACGAGAAACGACUUAUUGAGUCGACACUCAAGGAGAAAAGCCCGCAUGGACGGACUUCAAUCCUGUCAGACACAGGAAGGAAGUCAUCUUCGAAAAGUAAAAGUCAGGAACGCGAGUCAGAUUGUCGCUUAUCAACUCCGAAUAACAUCAAGGGCAGAACUAAGAAGAAGAUUAGACAGAGCAGGUCACCAUCGGUUGAUAACGAUGCUAAAAAGAAGCCGGAAAGUCAGGUGUACAGGUCUGGUAUCGUGCUUUUUGGUUUUGGUUGUUAG